GCACGCUGGGGGAGGGGCCGCGCUGCCCUCCCCCCCCCCGCCCGGCCGAGGGGGAGGGGCUGCUCCUCAGGGGGCUGCGGGGGGGGGCGGCCUGGCUGGGGGGGCUCCUGCGGGGGAGACCCCCCCCCAAAACAGAGCCAGCCCCAAACUCGGACGGGGGAGGGGCUGAGGACCCCCCCGAAGACCCCCUCGAAGACCCCCUCGAAGACUCCCUCGAGGACCCCCCCAAAUUUUUGGGGUACCCCGAAGGAUUUCGGCCCCUGCGGAGCGAGGGCCCCCCCGCGAUUUUUGGGGAAAUUCCCCCAAAACCCCCCCGGGACCCCUUCAUGUCCCCCCUGCUGGCCCCGGACUCGCUGCUGAGGGGGCUCCCCCCCGUGCACCUGGUG